AGAACUCGUUUUUACGUCACCUUACUUUUUGUCAAUCCAAGAAGUCGCCUCUCUGAUGACCAGGUAAACAGAGCUUCAGGCUUCAGCCUUCCUAACGUCUAUAGUCUGGAACCGCAAACUCUAUAGCACCUAUCACCAAUGGCUGCUUCAGUAUUUACUCAUGCGCUCUCAGUCCCAUCAAUUCCCAUUAAAGCUAAACCGAAACCAAUCAGAACUGCAACUGGAGUGUCAGCUCAGGCCCUCAUAACCUCCCCACAAGCUUCUUUCUCCGAUCCUUUUGUUCUUCAAUUAGCAGAAUCCCUCGAGGAUUCUCUAUCAUCUUCUCCGUCUCCUUCUGAAGCUUCUCCUCUGGCCUUGCCGCUCCAAAGGAUCAGGGACAAUGCCGCACAAAAACUUCUCUCAACCCCCUGGCCAUCUCGCAAAGACGAACCCUUUCGCUUCACUGACAUUUCAUUCAUCAAACAAUCUCAAAUUCUCCCUGUAUCUUGCCCGCCACAGUUUUCAACUUCACUGGAUGAUCUAAACGAUACGCAGUCUCUAACUGUCACGAUUGUCGAUGGUUUUAUCGAGAAUUCCGCGUCUAACUUGAAAGAAGUGCCAGAUGGGGUUUAUGUAGGAAGUUUGUCGAGUGCAUCUGACUAUAUUGUGAAAAAAGUAUCCGAGUUAAUGGGUGAGUUUCAAUGGGGUGAUCUGUUUUGGUCAAUUAAUGGGAUGGGCGCACCGGAUUGUACCGUCGUUUAUGUUCCGGUAGGGUGUAAGCUGGAGAAUCCGAUACAUUUUAGGUAUUUCUCUAUCGAGGGAGACGAUGUGGGCUCGAACAAAUUGCCACUAUCAAAUCCAAGAGUGUUUGUGUUGGUGGAGAAGGAAGGGGCUAUUGGUAUCAUUGAGGAAUUUGUUGGCAAAGAAACUAAUCCAUCUCACUGGACGAAUUCGAUUUUGGAAGUGGUGAUCCGAGAAGGAGGAAAAGUUAAUCAUUCUUACUUGCAGACUCAGUCAUUGAAUGCCGCCCAUACUAAGUGGACUUCGGUCCAGCAGGUAAUUUCGAUUUUUCCUUUCAUUCUGUUUUUGAUUUCUUAUGUAGAAGAUUUUGUUGUUCUUUCAUGA